AUGGACGCGUCCUGCUCUUACACGGUGGUCUUCAUCCCGCUUCGGAGCGGCCUCGGGAGCCUGGACGCGCUUCGCUUCUACUUGUGGAUUAAACAUCUUAAGGAUCUCGAGAAGGAAAAAGACAUCCUCUACUGUGGUCUGGAGAUUCUGGAACAAGCUCGACUCUGGUACCGUCAUCGACUCGCGAAGAACAGAACUAAACAGGGGGACGCCGACACCCAAAGUCGGGUUGACUCCUGCAAUGAAAGGUCUCGCAUACACUAUGUGAAUGCAACUCUGGCUUCUGUCAUGACUGACAGUAACAUUAGCAGAAAUUCAGCAAUAGAAAGCGCCCUCCGAUGGCAGCAUACCUUACUCACACAGGAGGUGAGUCACAAAAAUCGACAGAUUUCUGCAUUGGAGAUGGAAAAAGAUGCUCUCCUUGAACGACUUUAUGACGUUUGA